AUGGCUACUUCCUCCACCUCACACCGACCCAUCAAGGGGAUCCUCAAGAACAAAGGCGGCUCCGUGGCUUCUUCCGUCGCAGGUUCCGCCCAGCAGAGCAGCGGGACGAUCCCAGAGAUGCAAAGAAAGAAGUCCCAGAAGUGGGACGAGUCAAGCAUCCUGGCCACCUACCGUCCAGCAUACGGAGACCACGAUUUAAUGAAGGUCAACGAGCCCGGCGUCCCCUACUCAGGUGUUCAAGAUGAUAGCGAAGAUGGCGUGAGUGACUUAGAAAUAAAAGAAAUGAACCGAGACCUGUUAGCCAAGAAAUUGACCGCCACUGACACCUCGCAGCCUGUCUGUCAGACAGGGGGACUUGAAAGCCGAUCACCACACACCACCAGUCAGAUCAUCUUACGACAAGAAAAGCAGCGGGAGUUUGAAAUGAAGAGGAAACUUCACUACAACGAAGGGCUGAACAUCAAGCUAGCUAGACAACUAAUUUCGACAGAUUUUCAAAAUGAGGAGGCAAAGGAUGAGAACGAAGAAAACCUCCAAGUCGAAUCUGAAGACACCACCGAAGAAUCAGACGCAUCUUACAAGUAA